AUGCACAAAUCGAAGCCGACAAUUUUCUCUGUUGAGUCGGAGGUGACAAUAUCCUCAGAGCUAUGGGGUUCAAUUUGGGGGAAAACUGUACAUUUCAGGAAAAAAUUAAUAGAACAUGUUGCUAAGAAUUAUUCAAAGAAUGCUGCUGCAGAGCCAGAUCUUCUCGAAUCCGCUGAGAAAACCUACACUAGCAGACCAGAGGUGAAUUUGAACAAGAUGUUUUGGUCCAAGCCUUGUUCAUUGGCGUUGCCACGUGAUUCACCACAAAGAAUUGAAGAUCCCAAGUACGAGGGCUUUAAGCUAGUUAUCCUCAGGCUCAUGCUGUUCUAUAGUAAACAAAGCCAGUCCAUUCGAUGGGCAAAUGCGAUUUACAGCCGCGUUCUUUAUCAAGUUGACAGGCCUGCUAUUUAUGACGUAUUUAGCUUGGAGAAAACCUUUAAAACAACAUUCUCCUUGCUUGUAAUCCAUAUGUGGCUUUGCUUACGCCGCUUAAAAGAAGAGGGAAAGGAAGGUGUUGAGUUGGGGCAAUACUUAUAUGAGAUGUACAAUCAUGAUCUUGAACUGAGAGUUUCCAAGGCUGGGGUAAACUUGCUGUUAACUAAAUGGAUGAAAGAUUUGGAGAAGAUAUUCUAUGGAAACAUUGUUGCUUAUGAUGCCUCUAUGCUUCGUGAAGGCAGGCAGGAUCAGUUACAAAGUGUUAUUUGGAGGAAUGUUUUCUCUGAUGAUGGUUCAUCAAAACCAAGUGAUGUGGCAUUACCCGUGGUCCAGGCCAUGUCAAGAUACGUAGAUCGGGAAACCAGUUGUUUGUCAUUAACAGACAAAGAAGCCAUAUUAACUGGCAACUUCAUGUUCACAAGAUUGGAGAAUAAGGUAGCCGAUUCAGUGAAAAGGUAA